AUGCCGAAGCAUUUGCGGUUUGGCUUGGUGGUGGUCUUGCUCGGCGUGGCCCUGGCCACAGCCGCCAGUGCUUCAUUCUCGUCGUAUGUUCGGCCUGCGGUCGGCACAGGAGGCGAAGGCUACGGGAACCACUUUGGAGGCUACUACUAUGGCGACGAGUACAUUCGCGUCUUUUCGCACACGCACAUGGUGGGGUCGGGUGUGCUGGACUACGGCAACAUCGGGGUCAUGCCCAUCACCAAGUCCCCCAACCUCCUCCUCUUGUCCAACUACGCCUAUCGGUCGCAGUUCUCGCACCAGUCCGAAGUGAUGAACCCGGGCUACUACGCGGUGACGCUGGAGGACUACAGCAUUCGCGCCGAACUGACGGCCACGAAGCGGGUGGGCCUCCACCGCUACACCUUCCCCUCGACCGCGACCGCCAGAAACAUCCUCUUCCCCAUCAGUCAUGCGUUGCACGACGGAGCGUGUAAGGGCGCCAACGUCAACGUCGACAUCAACAACCAGGAGGUCUCCGGCUGGAUGCUCAACGCAGGAGGUCUCUCCGGCCGGUUCGGAGGGGUGAAGACCUACUUCGUGGCGCAGUUCGGGGCGGUGGGUCCCCGCUUCACGUCCCACGGCGUGUGGGACCUGGCCAGCAGCCAGCUCAGCCCGGGCUCGGCCUCGAUCAACGGCACCCAUGUGGGCGCGUGGAUCGGCUUUGAAAGUGGAGCCGUGUCAACGGUGGUGGAGAUGUACAUCGGCCUGAGCUUCGUAAGCCUCGACAACGCGCGGCUCAACCUGAAGACCGAGUUGUGGAACGGGAAGCUGUCAUUCGAUCUUGCCCUCAACCAAACUCAGAGCGAGUGGGAGGGCCUCUUGGGCCGAUUCGAGGUCACGGGCGGCGACGUGGUGGAGCUGGUCAAGUUCUACACGGCUGCAUACCACGCAUUCCUGGCGCCCACCACCUUCAACGACGUCAACGGCCAGUACCUCGGGUUCGACUCCCGGGUGCACCUCAUGCCCGCCGGCCGCUCGUGGUACUCGGACAUGUCCAUCUGGGACACCCACCGCACGCAGUCCCCGCUUCUGGCGCUCGUGCUGCCCGACGUCAUGAGCGACAUCGUAAACUCGCUUGUGCUCAUGUUCCAGCAAGGCGGCGAUCUCCCCCGAUGGCCCAUGGCCAACGGUUACACGGGAACGAUGAGCGCCACGCACGCCGAUGUGGUGGUGGCGGACGCCUAUCUCAAGGGCGUGCGCGGUUUCGACGUGGACCAGGCAAUGAAGGCCCUCGUCCAGUCGGCCACCCAGCCACAGCGGUAUGCGGGCCGUGAAAACAUCGACGAGUGGCUCAAAUAUGGAUAUGUGUCGUACGCGUCAAACCAUAAGGCAGCCAUCCUCACGCUGGAGUACGCGUUCGAUGAUUGGGCGGUGGCCAACAUGGCGGCGGCCCUCAACAACUCUGCUGCUGCCGAGCUGUUCUACAAUCGCUCGAAGAACUAUCGAAACGUGUGGAAUGCGGAGGAGCAAUUCUUCUGCCCCAAAUCGCGUGACCCCUCGAGCGGGGCUGUCGCGUGGGCCUGUCCGCCCUGGUACGACUACCUCAACCCGUUCGACACUCGCUAUGAGGAGGGCGAUGCCUGGCACUGGAGGUGGUUCGUCCCGCACGACCCCAAAGGAUUAAUCGCACUGUUUGGCGGCGUCGACAAGUUUGUGGAGCAGCUCAUGGAGUUCUUCGACUACUCCAAUCUGGACCAGUUCAACAUUUUGCCCAACCCCUACUACUGGGCCGGCAACGAGCCUGACAUAUUUGCCGCCUGGCUGUUCACCUUCGCCGGCAGACCGGACCUCACCCAGAAGUACACUCGCAUGGUGAUGAGCACGCGGUAUUCGGGCCUGCCCGAUGGUCUGCCGGGCAAUGACGACUACGGCACCAUGUCGGCGUGGUACAUGUUCGCCGCCCUGGGCUUCUACCCGCAGGCCGGCAGCACCACUUACAUCGCAGUGGUCCACUUGGCCAACAACACCAGGCUGGUGAUCACCGCCCACAACGCCAACGCAGACAACAUCUACGUGGCGGUGAACGGACGCCCGUGGCCUUCGUGGUUCAUUGACCACGCGCAGCUGGUGGGAGGCACCAACAACGGCACCGCCAGCCUCGAGUUCUGGAUGGGUCCCACCGCCUCUGCCCCUGCUUGA